AUGACGUCGCUCAUCCGAGCGCGGAAAAGAAAAGAAGCCCAUAACCAGAUACAUUUGUCUCGUGACAAAGGCAAGAUUCGCGUUAUUGAGCGAUCAGCAGAGGGACAUUCCAGCCCCUCCACGAAGAACCUACAGGGGCGCAACAGUACCCCUGCUAGCCGUACCUUUACUACACUUCGUCGGGGAAGCGUCAAGAUUUUCUCCAUCUUCCGCAAUAGCAAGAGUUCCGCUCCAAGCUCUGGGGAGGCCACAUCUGGUAGUACCGGGUCAACAGCGAACAAAUCAAAAAACGUACCACGUGUCGAUACCGUCAAAUCCUACUCCAAUUCUCCUCUACAAUGUCCUAUAGUUCCCGAUGUACCUACGACUCUACCAACUCUCUCCCUCGAUCCUGAAUCUUCAUCCUUACUUCAACUCACUAAUGCCGCCGUCUUCGAUGGCGAGUCAGAGCCUAUACCAAGAGCUCGCACGCCGCCCUCUGCGCCCAUGUCGACAAGUUGGUCAUCGCCAAACCUCUCAUGGCAACUCACUUCUAAGCUUUCCAACGCCCUUUUGAAGAACGAUACGGUAGUACAUCGACCCAAGUUAAGCUCCCGCCCAACAGUCAAAGCCGACCAGUUCAACCAACCAAGCGAUGACCAGCAAACUGCAACCUCGCCCAAAAGCCCCAUGUCCGAGGUGCCUUCUCUUCCAUCAAGCGUUCUCAGUCCUGCCAGUAGCAACGCACCCUUAAGUCAGUCGACUGCACCAACGUCGUUGGUAUCAUCGGGUGCGCCGCUGUCUGCCGAAACGCUAUAUCGAACCCAGAACGGUCGUCAUAUAACUGACAACUCACCUGCGCUCUUUUGUGAGCCCACUCCAGAACACAUGCCUCCCCGGUUCCUCGUCUUCCCACGUCAAGAUGCACCACGGCUAUGUGAGCCUUCCAUUGCUACCAUCGAGCAUGCCGCAGCGGCAAAAACCUUUUUCGAGUCUCAUUUCAAUCAGCUCCUCGGAACCAAGGUCGCGCCACGAUCCAUGCGGCGCCGCCAAAUGGAGCGCAAGCUCUUCGCUAUGGCCAUACCCAACGAGGAGCGUCAUUGCAAAAGACGAGAAUAG